UCUCAAAUCCCAGCUACCAGCGUCGCCGAGGUUGACUGGAGAGCUGUGCGGGACGGGGGGUCUUCGAAGCCGAAGGGCUCGAGGCUCUACGACGCAAGGAAAUGCCCAAGGGACCUGUCAGAGAUGCAGGAUGCUAUCCAUCGUCUGGGCAGUGACCUCUGUGCCCUGGGAGAUUUGCCCUUUGCGAAGCACCUGUGGACUGUCCAGAUCCUGGGUACAGAGUCCAAGUUUGGUAUGGUACCUGUGGGGAGUCCUCUCUCGUACAAACAAACCACGAGUCCCCAUGGGUUCGCCACUUACACAAGCCUCAACAUUGCUCUUUGUAGCAGAGAUGUGUCUAACAGGUCACCUUGUUGGCGUGUACUCUUCUCAUUGGCAAGCAUCUACGAGCCUGCAACACAGAGCCUCAGUGAUGCUGAGACCUCGCUUCUCCAGGAACUUGUUCUUACACUAGCUGGGGCACGUCGACUAGAAAGGAACAGUCAACAGCAGGCCAAGAGUGCAAAGUGGAGGGCUGCACGCAAGGACCACCUCACAGCAUUAUCCUUCGGGGUUGUCCUGAUGAGGGAGUCAUGGACCGCCAUAGGGUUGCACAACCUGGUGCAAGUUCGGGAUCUGUCCCGCGUCAGAGCUAUCUAGUGAGUGCCAAACCUAUGUAGACAAACUGUUUGCAACUCCAGCCCGCCGCUCGCCCUCUUGCGAACAAAUGGAGAACCAGAGGAGCGCGGACAACGGCGGCGGCGCGGAAACAGUGGCAGGGACCGUCAACCUUGAUGCGUGAAGCUGUUUUAACGAAA